AAGUUGAGAAAUGACAUUUGAUAUAUGUUUCAUAGCACUGUCUGGGAUUGCAGUCUUCAUUUGUCUGCUCUAGCGAUACUGGUCACCAUUUAGGUAAACUGAGUCGGGCGACGACUUUUGUAGAGCGGCUUGCAUUGUCAGGCUGGGCUUGUUUACAAUAGCAGAGAGGUGAACAGGUGAUGUCUGAGGUCAGAGUUAACCUGGAGGCAGGGACACACGAUGACCAGGAUGGACCAUCUUCUGACCCUGUGCAGUCUCCGAGAAGUGAAGCUUCCAGCUCUGACCCGCAGGGUCUUUUGUGUGCUGGUCACCCAACUUCAGCUGAUGUUAGCUCCUCACCUUCUCCUGAGGCCAGUGGCUUGUUGUCAUUACCAUGGGAGAUGGUAACCCACAUUGCCUCGCACCUUCCUGCUCAGUGUGUUAUCACUGUGCUGCCAAAGGUCUGCCACGCAUUGGGCAAUGUAGGUAAGGACAGCACCGCUUGGCAGCUCCGGGCACGCAGACUGAUAGGGUCCCGAGCUGGCUUUCCAGUGGGCCCAAGGGAGGACUUUGACUGGCCUUCUGCUUGUCUAGAGAUGGAGCAGCUGAUAACCUGCUGGACAGGCCAAGGGCACCUUGUGGCCAGACAGACCCAAGAAGAAGAGGAGGAAAGGGGACAAGUGGGGCAGCAGCAAGGGGCAGGGCAGGAUGGGGAACCAGGGGCAGGGUGGCAGGAAGACGGUAGAGAGAAUGAGGUAGAAGGGGUGGGAGUGGUUGCGCAGGAGGUUGCAUAUGAUGUUGAUGAAGGGAUGGAGGUGGCAAUGGAGGGUGAGGAUGGUGAAAUACAGCCAAUUGUAGGUGCGGACCAACUGGCAGGAUUGAGAGAGGCCCUGGAGGAGAGACUGGAGGAUGACGCAGCAGCACUAAUGGAAGAUGAAAGGGACCACAGGAUGGUGCAUGACGCUGAUGAGGGGCAAGAUGGCGCUCCUAAUUUACAGGAGCAAGUGGCCGACCCAAGGAAUCUGGGUAAUGGAGGACAGGCAGCAAUGGAGCAACGUCAACCCCCCAGAAGUCCUAGUCCACCCCCAGCGCUCGAGUGCAUGACUCUACCGUCAGGCCACAUUGCCCAGGUCAACUCAGUGCUCCUCGUUGGGGGAGAGGGGAGAGUUUGUGCCACAGGUUCCAGAGACUGGAAUGUUAAACUGUGGGAUCUACAGGCCGGGUCUAAUGGCACACUGCUGCACACGUUGGGAGGGCAGGGUGACUUCAGCACCCAUCGGGGCUGGGUCUGGUGCCUGGCAUCUCAGGGAUCCCUACUGGCCUCAGGUGGCUUCGACAGCACAGUGAGACUAUGGGACCUACAGGCAGGUGGUGCAGAGCGGGGCCUGAUCAGGGCCGGGGCUGCUGUCCUCUGCCUGUCCUGUCAGACCGAUGUAUUGCUGUCUGGUACAUUUGACAAGAGGAUCAACAUGUACGACACCAGAGCUGCUGAACCCCUGGUGAAAAGCCUCCGUCUCCAUGGUAAUGCUGUAAUGUGCCUGGCUGCAGACGACAAGUACAUCAUCUCUGGGAGUAAAGAUUGCACUGUGGCUGUCUACGACCGCAGGGCAGGCAAAGGCUUGAAGAAACUCCGGCUGAGCUCGUACCUGCUGUCCAUGAGCUACAGUGGCAGUGAAGUAUGGGCAGGGGACAACAGCGGCAUGCUCCACUCGUUUUCCAUGCAAGCCGGGUCCUUAAAAACCCCGUCUCAGUUUGAUGUGGGGCACACAGCUCUGGUCACCGGCAUCCACAGGUCCCCCGGAAGCCUCUACACCUGUUCAUCUGAUCGCACUGUCAAGGUACAUAUACCUUGUGCGCCUCCAAGGACAUUAUGCACAUUGCAUCACCAAGCUGCAGUCAAUGGGCUGAGUGUGGAUGCUGGGAUCCUUGCAGUUGCCUCAGGGGAUGUGCGCGUGGAAAUCUGGAGGCCCAGAAAAUGACAGGGCUGGACUUCUAAAUUUGUUGCAAGACUUGAAUGCAGACUGGGACAAGACCUGAAGGCUUCCUACACCAUACUGGUCUCUCAGCAUACACAGAGUAACAAACAUUACAUACAGAAAAUGAAAUAAAAAUGUCAUUUUUGCGUUGGUUCAGCCAAAAGCUCUUUAUAAAACGUUUGAUUCCUUGUUCGAUCCUGUUGAGAGAUUUUUCUACAAACAGAAAACAAAAUUAGAGUUAUGUUUAUUGCUACUCUUUGUUGCCUUCACAUAAUUGCCAGUUAUGUGCCAAUACUCUAAGAUCUUAGGAGAAGUUUGUUUCGUCUCUUUUAAUUGUUGUACAUUUAAACAGUGUGUAAACAAGCUUAUAAUAUUUAUAUUGCUCACUGAAUUUAUAACAGUGACUGACAUUGUUCCAAAAACAUUAGAUACUUGUCAUGUACCGUGAAAUGACUGAAUUAUCCGAGUCCUCUAUGACAUACUGAUUGUAUUUGUGAACCUAUUUAUUUGAUCACACUUAGCAGUUCUAAUCAAUAUGAUCUUUCUUGUAGGUAUGUCUGCACAUGCUUUGUUUGUGUGUUAGUUUUGAAAAUGUAUAACAAUUUACAUGUUUGUGUAAAACUAACUACAAAUCCCAAUUGCACAAUACUUGAAGUGACUAUCUGUUUCGACUCACUGAAAGACUAUUAAAUGGCCUGAAAAUGUA